UCGGCUUGCAGUCGUCGAGCAACAGCCGGGAACGCAGGUCGGAACAAACUUUUACGGUGUUGUUGUUGUUGAGUGCCAGGAAGGAAAAAUAAGAAAGAGACAUUGAAGUGUGAUGAAGCAGUUGAUCUUGUUGUUGACAGUGGCCGCCGUGGUUGGCCACAGCCAGGCUCAGGGCAAUCGAAAGUGUGCCGCCAACGGAGAAUAUUGUUUAACGCACAGCGAGUGCUGUUCUGGUAGCUGCCUGAGCUUCUCGUACAAAUGCGUUCCGGUGCCACCGAGCGCGUCCGUUGGGACCACAUUCGUUCCAGUCACGGUCGAUACGGCGAAUCGCUUUGGGGAGGAUGAUGGCGGUGCGAGCAUCACGCAAAAGACCUGUGCCAAAAACGGAGAAUAUUGUCUGACCCACAGCGAGUGCUGCUCCGGCAGCUGUCUGAGCUUCUCGUACAAGUGCGUCCCGAUCCCGGGCCAGCCCGCCCAGCCGGGUGAGACCGCGCAGCAGCCGCAGCGACCACCACCACCACAUACCAGCACCACCGUGGACGUGGGUAAUCGCGUCGGCGAAGGUGAACAGGGCAGUACGGUCCCGGUGACCCACUUGACGCCGCCGCCACCCAAAAAGUGCGCCGCACUGGGUGAAUAUUGUCUCACGUCGUCCGAAUGCUGCUCCGGAUCCUGCCUCAGCUUCUCGUACAAGUGCGUCACCAAUCCGCAGCUGGACGUCGGCUUCAUCCAACGGCCCGUGUCCGGAGGCUCCUCCGGAUCGGACCUGGGCAACCGAUUCGGUUCGGGCUCGGACUCGUCGAAGAAAUGCGCAGCAGUUGGCGAAUAUUGUCUCACCAGCGCUGACUGCUGCUCCAAGAGCUGCCUGAGCUUUUCGUACAAAUGCGUCGGAAACUACGACUUGGGCUCGCAGGUGACGCAGCAAGGAAUUCCGGUGCAGCGGCCUUCGGGGGCGGGCAACUCCGGUUCCAUCGAGACUUCCAAUCGCUUCGGAGGAUCCGACUCAAACCGACAGUGUACCGCUAAUGGAUUAUACUGCUUCCACAGUGGCGAGUGCUGCUCGGGCGCUUGCUUCAAGUCGUACUGCGCCACCGAGAUUAAGCUGGGCGUUCCCGAGUCGGACCUAACGCGGCCAUCGCCCGCCAACGGCCCCUACGUGCAGGUCAACAGUUUGGACGAGCUGAUAACGCGGUUCGGCGGAGGUGGUCAACAGGCGGACUCCAGCGUCAGUGCGUCGUCCAAGCUGGGCAACCUGGUGACGGGUCGGGCCGAUAUCGAGAAAAACUGCGCGGUCGUCGGCGAAGGGUGCUCCCGACAGGAGGAUUGCUGCUCACACAGAUGCCAUUCGUACCGACGCAAGUGUGUAACUUAAAGCUCAAAAAGUACACACAUUUUCACACACACACGAGUACCGUGGGAGAGUCGAAGAAAUAAGGGAAGGCAGCACGGAGACAAACAUUGGCUUUUCACAGCCCCCCCGCAGCAAUGGACGAGCCUUCCAACUGGGGUGGAGAAAAAAUCAUUUUGAUGGAGCUUUUUUUUAACCGCGUGGAGUGGAGUGGCCAUCGGAAGGAGGUGGUGGAGAGGAAACCGAUUUUCCAGUUUUAUUGAUGCCCCCGCCGACGUCGUCGCCACCACCUUCACCUUCGACUUCGGUUCCAGUCGUACUCUUAUUUUAUUUUUUUUUAUUUUAUUCGUUUCAAUCAACAUUUAUUAAACAUAUAUUGCUGUGAUGAUAUACGAUCCUAGAUGAUGUUUGAGCAGACUGAGAGUGAGCGCGAAUGAGAGUGUGCGUGCGAUAGAGCAAGAGCAAAUAAAUAAAUCAUGAAUAAAACAAA